CUUAAAUGUUAAAUAUUAUUGCGUUAAUAGAUAGAUUCAUUAACAGAAAUAAUACAAAAUACACAUAUUUUGUAAAUGGAUGUUUAAUAGUCUGUCGGCUCUGCUGUUAUGGCUUUGCAAGCUGUGUUUGCUAACUGGACAAUUGUUAAAACUUUGUAAAUAAUGCAGUUUGAUGAAUUUGUUUGAUUAUUCAUCCACAAAAAAAGAAAAAAAGGUUCGGAACUCAGAGCCAUAAAUCUUUAUCUGUUAGAAGAAAAUGACCAUGGAGCCUGAUGGGGAGGAGAAACAGUUUUCAGGUCAAAUUGAAUUAAUAAAGUGUCAACCUUGUCUGUUUUUUUAGUUAACACACCCUGAACAUGGCUGCGAGACGAGCUUCACUGAAGGCCAUUGACUGGGUGGCUUUUGCAGAGAGGGUGCCACCCAACCAGAAGACCAUGUUCAACAACCUGAAGACACGCAGUGAUGCUAUUUCUGCAAAGCUCGCCUCUCUUCCAGAGAAACCUGCCACCAUUGACUGGAGCGACUACAGGUCUGCUAUAGCUAAAGCAGGCAUGGUGGAUGAGUUUGAAAAAAAGUUCAGUGCCCUGACAGUUCCUGAGCCUGUAGACACUCAGACAAAUCUGAUCAACGCCCAGGAGACAGAGUCGAACAUAACAGCGAUCGCCUACACUGAAGCAUCCAAAGCUCGAAUCGCCGAAUAUGAAAAAGAGCUGGAGAAAUUCAGGAACAUGAUUCCCUUUGACCAGAUGACCAUUGAAGACCUGAAUGAGACUUUCCCAGAAACAAAGCUUGACAAAGAGAAACAUCCUUACUGGCCACACAAGCCCAUUGCUGAACUGUAAAUGUGAAACUCUGAUCAUAUUCUAUGUCAUGUGUUUCCCUCUGAGGGAAACCUGUACAGUGUGUGUAUAAAAGUCUUGUUUUGUCCAUUCAGGACUAAAAUUAAUUGAAAUGUGUUUUUUUCCACUGUAAGAACUUGUAUAAAUGAAGUGGUAAAAAAAUGUAUACGUAUAUGUUACACAUUUGUUUUGUUUCUUCUCUGUUAGACUUAAAUGAUUCCUGAAAGUAAAAUAAUAAAGAUAUGGUGA